UCUGGGGCUGUUAGUUCUGAUGGUUGAAUGCUAUCUGCAUCCCAGAAGUGGAGCACACGGAUGGGAGGGAGCUGUCGCAGGCGUGUCCUGCUGUUGGACUUUCAGGAGGUGGCCGGUGGCCACUGCCUGCACAGAAAAGGGACUUUCCAAACAUGUAUUGAAUGCUGGAAGCUGCUUCAUCUAAUCCAGUGUGGUGUGCUGACAGUGAUUCUCAAGGAAUCAAAAAAUCACUUGGCUGGACUUGGGGCCCUGGGGCUGGGCAGCCUCAUUACUGAAAUCACAGCUGCUGAAGAUGAUGCAUCUGAGACAGAUGGAGUCCAACUGGAUGAAGAAGGCUGGGUUAAGAGCACUGAAGAUGCUGUUGAUUAUUCUGACAUUAAUGAGGUGGCCGAAGAUGAGAGUCGCAGGUACCGGCAGGCAAUGGGCAGCCUUCAGCCAAUUCAGAAAGCAGACGAUGACGAUGACGACUAUGAUGCUGACUCUGAGGACAUUGAUUCCAAGCUGAUGCCUCCCCCUCCCCCUCCUCCAGUGCCACUGAAAAAAGAGGAUGAGAAGGAUCCGGGUCCUUCCGGGUCUGAAGAUGGUGGUGGUAUCAUCCUGCCCUCCAUCAUCGCUGCUUCUUCAGAGAAGGCGGAUUCCAGCAGCUCCUCCGAUUCGGAAUCGGAAACCGGGUCCCGGGCCUCCAGGACGUCUGAGUCCAAGGAAGGCCAGCUCACGCUGCCACUGGCGGGCAUCAUGCAGCGCGAUGCCACGAAGCUGUUGCCUGGCGUCACUGAGCUGUUCCCCGAGUUUCGGCCAGGCAAGGUCCUGCGCUUCCUGCGCCUCUUUGGCCCAGGGAAGAACAUCCCAUCCGUCUGGCGCAGUGCCCGCCGGAAGCGCAAAAAGAAGCACCGGGAAUUAGUCCCUGAAGCGCAAAUACAGAAUGGAGAAAGUGUGGCCGAGGUGGGCGUGGAGGGGAAGUCUCCCUGGGAGUAUGAGUAUGCCCCGCCGCCUCCGCCAGAGCAGUGCCUUUCUGAUGAUGAGAUCACCAUGAUGGCACCCGUGGAGUCAAAAUUCUCGCAGUCAACCGGGGAUGCAGACAAAGUGGCCGACACCAGGCCCAGGGUGGCGGAAUGGCGCUACGGGCCCGCCCAGCUCUGGUACGACAUGCUGGGUAUCCCUGAGGACGGCAGCGGCUUUGACUACGGUUUCAAGCUGAAAGAUUUCGUGGCGACGGGGAAGGAGCGCUCCGAGGCCGAGAAGGACGAGCUGCUGGCGGACGAGCACUUCCUCAUGGUGACCCAGCUGCAGUGGGAGGACGACGUGAUCUGGAACGGGGAGGACAUCAAGCACAAGGGGACCAAAACGCAGCGCGCCAGUCUGGCGGGCUGGCUGCCCUCCAGCAUGACCCGGAACGCCACUGCCUACAACGCCCAGCAGGGGCUGAGCCGCUUGCCUGUCCCCCUGGUGCAGAAGCCCAGCCUGGCCGGAGUCUUGGGCAGCGCCAAGGGCAAGGAGAAGCAGCUUCCGGAGCAGCAGGCAGCCCUGGACGAAGACAAGCCGUGGUUCUCCAUUUUCCCCAUUGACAACGAAGAGCUGGUCUAUGGUCGUUGGGAGGACCUCAUCAUCUGGGAUGACGAGGCGAUGGAGGCCGUCCUGGCUCCGCCUGUUCUGACCCUGGACCCGAACGAUGAGAAUAUAAUCCUGGAAAUUCCUGAUGAGAAGGAAGAGAUGACCUUGAAUUCUCCUUCCAAGGAGAAUAAGAAAGAGUCUUCUCUAAAAAAGAGCCGGAUCCUCUUGGGCAAAACAGGAGUCAUUAAGGAAGAGCCACAGCAGAAUAUGUCUCAGCCAGAGGUGAAGGACCCAUGGAACCUCUCCAACGACGAGUUUUACUACCCCAAGCAGCAGGGCCUUCGCGGAACUUUUGGCGGCAACAUCAUUCAGCACUCGAUUCCCGCGGUGGAGCUUCGGCAGCCCUUCUUCCCCACCCACAUGAGUCUCAUGAAGCUGCGCCAGUUCCACCGGCCUCCCCUGAAGAAGUACUCCUUUGGGGCCUUGUCCCAGCCCGGCCCCCAUCCGGUACAGCCCCUGCUGAAGCAGAUCAAGAAGAAAGCCAAGAUGAGAGAGCAGGAGCGCCAGGCCUCCGGCGGCGGGGAGAUGUUCUUCAUGCGCACUCCGCAGGACCUCACCGGCAAGGACGGAGACCUCAUCCUGGCGGAGUACAGCGAGGAGAACGCCCCCUUAAUGAUGCAGGUUGGGAUGGCGAGCAAGAUCAAGAACUACUACAAGCGGAAACCGGGCAAGGAUCCAGGGGCCCCCGACUGUAAAUACGGAGAGACUGUGUACUGCCACACUUCCCCCUUCCUGGGCUCUCUUCACCCGGGCCAGCUGCUUCAGGCAUUUGAAAACAAUCUGUUCCGAGCUCCAAUCUAUCUUCACAAGAUGCCUGAAACAGACUUCUUAAUAAUCCGGACGCGGCAAGGUUACUAUAUUCGGGAGCUGGUGGACAUCUUUGUUGUCGGACAGGAGUGUCCUCUCUUUGAAGUGCCUGGUCCCAACUCCAAACGGGCAAAUACUCACAUCCGAGACUUCCUGCAGGUCUUCAUAUAUCGCCUGUUCUGGAAGAGCAGAGAUCGACCGCGUAGGAUUCGCAUGGAGGAUAUUAAGAAGGCGUUUCCAUCCCACUCCGAGAGCAGCAUCCGCAAACGGCUGAAGCUCUGUGCGGACUUCAAGCGCACAGGGAUGGACUCCAACUGGUGGGUGCUGAAGCCUGACUUCCGGCUGCCGUCCGAAGAGGAAAUCAGAGCGAUGGUGUCUCCGGAGCAGUGCUGCGCCUACUACAGCAUGAUCUCUGCCGAGCUGCGCUUGAAGGAUGCAGGCUAUGGGGAAAAAUCCUUCUUUGCCCCAGAAGAAGAGAACGAGGAGGACUUCCAGAUGAAGAUAGACGAUGAGGUGCGCACAGCCCCCUGGAAUACCACCCGGGCGUUCAUCGCUGCCAUGAAGGGAAAGUGUCUCCUUGAAGUGACCGGAGUGGCAGACCCUACUGGGUGUGGGGAAGGGUUCUCCUACGUGAAAAUCCCCAACAAGCCCACGCAGCAGAAGCAGGAUGACAAGGAGCCGCAGCCUGUGAAGAAGACCGUGACGGGGACGGAUGCGGAUCUCCGGCGCCUGUCUCUCAAGAACGCCAAGCAGCUCCUCCGCAAGUUUGGCGUCCCAGAAGAGGAGAUCAAGAAGCUCUCCCGCUGGGAGGUGAUUGAUGUUGUGCGCACCAUGUCCACGGAGCAGGCCCGUUCUGGGGAGGGGCCCAUGAGCAAGUUUGCGCGGGGCUCUCGCUUCUCCGUUGCAGAACACCAGGAGAGGUACAAAGAAGAGUGCCAGCGCAUCUUCGACCUGCAGAACAAGGUCCUGGAAUCCACGGAGAUCUUGUCCACCGACACGGACAGCAGCUCAGCAGAGGACAGCGACUUCGAGGAGAUGGGGAAGAACAUCGAGAACAUGCUGCAGAACAAGAAGACCAGCUCCCAGCUGUCCCGGGAGAGGGAGGAGCAGGAGCGGAAGGAGCUGCAGAGGAUGCUCAUGGGGGAGGACCCCGGCAAUGACAAGGAGAGGGGCAAGAAGGACCGGCGGGACAAGAAGGGGCUCUCUUCCACCCCUGGCAACUUGGGGGGCUCUCACAAAGACGACGACACGGCCUCAGUGACCAGCCUCAAUUCCUCUGCCACCGGUCGGCGCUUGAAAAUAUACCGCACCUUUUGUGAUGAAGACGGGAAGGAGUAUGUGAGAUGCGAGACCGUCCGCAAGCCCUCGGUCAUCGAUGCCUACAGCAGGAUCCGGACCACCAAGGACGAUGAGUUCAUCCGGAAGUUUGCCAUCUAUGAUGAACAGCGUCGGGAGGAGAUGCGGAAGGAGAGGCGCCGGAUCCAGGAGCAGCUGAGGCGGCUGAAGCGAAACCAAGAGAAGGAAAAACUGAAGGGUCCGCCUGAGAAGAAACCCAAGAAGAUGAAGGAGCGGACAGACUUGAAGUUGAAGUGUGGCGCUUGCGGCGCCAUCGGGCAUAUGAGGACCAACAAGUUCUGCCCACUCUACUACCAAACCAAUGCUCCACCGUCAAACCCCGUGGCCAUGACAGAGGAGCAGGAAGAAGAGCUGGAGAAGACAGUCAUCCCCAACGAUAACGAGGAGCUCAUCAAAGUGGAAGGCACCAAGAUUGUCCUGGGGAAGCAGCUCAUUGAGAGUGCGGAUGAGGUUCGCAGGAAGUCCCUAGUCCUGAAGUUCCCGAAGCAGCAGCUCCCGCCAAAGAAGAAGCGACGCAUCGGAACCACGGUUCAUUGUGACUACUUAAAUCGGCCUCACAAAUCCAUUCACCGCCGACGCACAGACCCCAUGGUGACGCUGUCCUCUGUCUUGGAAGGCAUCAUCAACGACAUGAGAGACCUGCCCAACACAUAUCCCUUCCACCAGCCGGUUAAUGGGAAGGUUGUCAAAGACUAUUACAAGAUCAUCACAAAGCCGAUGGAUCUGCAAACCCUGCGUGAGAAUGUCCGCAGACGCCUCUACCCCUCCCGGGAGGAGUUUCGAGAACAACUGGAGCUGAUUGUGAAGAACAGCGCUACGUACAACGGGCCAAAGCACUCCUUGACCCAGAUCUCUCAGUCAAUGCUGGAUCUCUGUGAUCAAAAACUAAAAGAGAAGGAAGAUAAACUGGCUCGUUUGGAGAAGGCAAUUAACCCACUUCUGGAUGACGACGACCAAGUAGCCUUCUCCUUUAUUCUGGACAAUAUUGUCACCCAGAAGAUGAUGGCUGUUCCCGACUCUUGGCCCUUUCACCAUCCGGUUAAUAAGAAAUUUGUGCCCGAUUAUUACAAAGUAAUUGUCAGCCCGAUGGACCUGGAGACAAUUCGCAAGAACAUCUCCAAGCACAAAUACCAGAACCGAGACAUCUUCCUGGAUGACGUGAACCUGAUCCUUGCCAACAGCAUCACAUACAAUGGGCCCGACAGCCAGUACACAAAGACCGCUCAGGAGAUCGUGAACAUCUGUUACCAGACGCUAGCAGAGUACGACGAGCACCUGACCCAGCUUGAGAGGGACAUUUCCACGGCAAAGGAGGCGGCCCUGGAGGAGGCAGACCUGGAGAGCCUCGACCCAAUGACCCCUGGGCCCUACACACCCCAGCCUCCAGAUCUGUACGAUGCCAGCACGUCUCUCAGCAUGUCCCGCGAUGCCUCCGUCUAUCAGGAUGAGAGCAACCUGUCUGCUAUGGACACGCCCACGACCACACCUGAGAAGCAGGGGAUGCAGAUGCGGCAGGGCCGAGGUAGGCUGGGCGAGGAAGACUCUGACGUAGAUAUUGAAGGGUUUGAUGAGGAUGAGGAUGGGAAACCUAAGACUCCAGCCCCAGAAGUGGAUGAUGGAGACGGAGACCUGGCUGACGAGGAGGACGGCUCGGCCCAGCAACCGCAGGCCAGUGUGCUUUACGAGGAUUUGCUCAUGUCUGACGGAGAGGACGAUGAUGGCAGUGAGGAGGAGGGCGACAACCCUUUUUCGUCAGCUAUUCAGCUGAGCGAAAGUGGGAGUGACUCAGACAUCGAGUCCGGUGCAGUGAGGCCCAAGCACCCUCACGUCCUCCAGGAGAAUACGCGGAUGGGCAUGGAUUACGAGGAGAGCAUGAUGUCCUAUGAGGGAGCAGGAGGGGAGGCGUCACGCGCCAUGGAGGACAGCAACGCCAGUUAUGGCAGCUAUGAGGAACCUGAUCCAAAGUCCAACACCCGAGAUACAAGUUUCAGCAGCAUUGGAGGCUAUGAGAUCUCUGAAGAGGAGGAGGAGGAGGAGGAAGAGGAGGAGGAGGAGGAGGAAGAGGAGGAACAGCGGUGUGGCCCUAGUGUGUUACGUCAGGUUCAUCUGUCGGAGGAUGAAGAAGAUAGUGAGGAUUUCCAUUCCAUUGCUGGAGAGAGUGAUUUAGAUUCGGAUGAAUAAAGCGCUCCUGUGGCCAGGACUUGAUGUACCAUUUUCUGUUGUUCUCCACUAAAAUGUGGAAUGGGACAGUCUGCACUGCCAGUCUCAGAGAGGCAUGUGUUCUUGUGCCAUUUUUAAAAAGCAAUAUUAUGUGCUAAUGUGUGUAUGUGUAAACAUUUAUAUAGUUACUGUGAACUGUUGGGUUUUUUAAAUACAAAACAUCCUGCUAAAGGGUCCGUUUUCCCUAGUAAAAGCCAGCUGCUGUAUGUUUGUGAUGCAGAGUGCAUUAACUCAUUCCUCGUGUAGCUGAACAUGUUGCAAACUCGACAGAGUUUAAACGGCCCGUUUGCACUUGAGUCUUCCAUCACCCAUUCCUGUCCAUAGAGUCACUUUGCUUGUGAGAAUGUUUCUAGGCUGUAUUUGCAGCUCAGGAACAGGUCUGUUGAAUCACUUGCCCAAGCUGUGAAUAAACCGUUUCUGUAAAA